AAUGGAUCGGGGUGUCCAAACGAUCAUGGGGAGCAUGCAUAACUCAACUAUGUGGUGCCAUUGGACAAGCCAUCCUCGGUGGCAUGAUCUACUGCAUCAGAAACUGGAGACUGGCUCAACUAGUCACAGCUGCUCCGCUUGCCCUGGUUGCCUUUAACAUAUGGUUUAUUCCAGAGUCAGCCAGAUGGUUGUUGGACAGGGGACGGACAGAUGAGGCUAAAGAGUUGAUCACCAAAGCGGCGGCCAUUAACAAACGCAAAGUUUCAGACUCUCUGCUGGAAAAGAUUGUUAUCAAAGAAACUGAGCAAAAGAGAGGCAUACUAUAUCUUAUCCAGUCUCCUUUGCUUAGGAAGUAUUUCCUUACCAUAACCUUGGCAUGGUUUUCACUGAAUGUUACCUACUUCUGCCUUUCGUUAAAUGUGGGGAACUUUGGCUUGGAAAUUUUCCUGACCCAGGCCCUGUUUGGGCUCUCUGAAGUACCAGCUCACAUUCUCUGCAUUUGGCUGCUGGAAGCAGUGGGGAGAAAAGUGUCACUAAUUUCCACACUUCUGAUCGGAGGAUUUCUGUGCAUCUUGAUCCUCGCCGUUCCCCAAAGUAAACCCUCCCAGAACAGUUAA